UGCUGCACUGUGAAAAGGUCCCCCUGAAUGGGCCUUUGAGCUGAGUGGAGCACUGAGGCCCACUGUGGAGCUGCAGGUGGCUUAUUAGAUCAGGGAGAGAGAGGAGGUCAUUGUGCUGGAAUGGGGGUGGGCUGGGGGGGAUGCGGCCCUCUCAUCAGUCUCCGUCCAGACUCUCCGACUUGGAGAACAGAUGUCCCUCUGCCUUCCCCAGAGACCUGGAGUCCCAGGGUAAGUCCAGCUGCUGAGCCUGGGGUUGGGGUGGGGGCGGCAGGGGCCACCACUCCUGUGCUCUUCUUCCAUCUGCCCUGUGCUCGGUACCCCGUCCCAAAGGCCCAGGAGGAGGAGGAGGAGGAGGAGGAGGUUAGCUAUGAGCUGCCUCCCUGUGAGGCUCUGCCUGUGAAUCUAGCACCUGCCCGCCAUCCUGGCACCGUGGAGGAAUCUUUGUACCUGGAUCACUCUGGCCUCCUGGGCCCGUCCAAGUCUCCGCCGCCACAGCAGCCCCAGCCCCAGCCCGCGAUGUGGAUGGCAGCACUGAGCCUGCGGGAGGCCAUGAAGCAGGGCCAGUCCUCUGGGAGGCGAGAGCUGAGCGCACCAGCCCGCGUGGGGCCAGGCUCUGCGAAGCAGUGUGAUGAGGACAUCUACCUGGAGUGUGAGCCCAGUUCAGGUGAACACCUCCCUGCUCCCCAGAUCCCUCCGCUGAGGCCCCAGCUCCUGACUCCAUUUUCUGCCCUUGUCAUCUCACCACCCCACCGACACACAUUAGCCUUAGACACGCACAUGGACACACACGCUUCCACCUUCGGUGCAGGUUUCCCUGCCUGGCCUCAGACUCCCAGCUCCCAAGACCUGAUGCCCCCAGCCCCUCUGCCAAGGACAUCAUCGGCAGUGCGCAGGCCCUCCAUGGCCCCCGAGGAAGCUCAGGGUGGAGCAGCGAACGCCACCUCCAAAGCCCAGCCCUGUAAUCUGCUCCCAGCAGGAAGGCGUGCCUCUCUUUCCUCUGCAGCCCCCACCGGAAGAACCUCAGCUGCUGCGGAGGACGGCAGCCUGCUGGGUCAGCCGUGGUUCUCAGAGAACUGUGACCGUUACGCUGUCGAGAGUGCCCUGCUCCGAUGCCAAAAGGACGGGGCCUACACCGUGCGCCCCAGCUCGGGAUCUCGUGGCUCACAGCCCCUCACCCUGGCAGUGCUGCUGCACGGCCGGGUCUUCAACAUUCCCAUCCGGCGGCUGGAUGGUGGGCGCCACUAUGCCCUGGGCCGGGAGGGCAGGAACCGCGAGGAGCGCUUCUCCUCCGUGGCUGCCAUGGUCCAGCACUACAUGCAGCACCCCCUGCCCCUCGUGGACAGACACAGUGGCAGCUGCCAACUCACCCGUCUGCUCUUCCCCACCAAGCCCUGACACCCAGCGGACACCCACACC